CCCUCGCGCGUUUGACAGGUGAAAUUGUAAACAAAAACAGAGAGAAGUUUCUGGAGGAGGAUUUUUGUUGCAAAGAAAAGGGAAGGAAGCCAUGGAGAGUAUUCUGUAUCGUCACAAUUCAGGUUCAGAUGGUGAUGAAGAUUUCCACGACAGAGGGCUCCUGCAGGAUUCCGUGGAGGAGACACAGGUGAAAGAUGAACCGAGUGAAAGUAGACCGAAGCACCGAAGAUCCGAUUCCUUCCUCAGUCACUCUGAUAGUGAUCCAGCAGAUGAGGAUUUUGACUCAUCCGACAUGGCUAAUGCGAUUGAGAAGAAUCUCCUGGGGGAGUUGAAUGAUGUAAAAUUGCCCAAAGUCAGCAUAAAGCACGAAGAGGAGGCUGGGAAUCGUGUUGAGGAUGACAUCAUUCUCCCAACGGAAGUACAACCCACAGCCGAUAGGGAUUUGGAGCAGAAGAAUCGUGAUAGGCAAAAGAGGAAAGAGAUGAAGAGCCGGAAAGAGGCGGAGGAGGAGGAGCGUGAGAAAAUGCAGGUACUUGUGUCGAAUUUCACGGAGGAGCAGCUGGAUCGCUAUGAGAUGUUCCGUCGAUCUGCCUUCCCAAAAGCCGCCGUGAAGCGUCUUAUGCAAACCAUAACGGGUUGUUCGGUGUCACAGAACGUCGUGAUUGCUAUGUCGGGUAUUGCCAAAGUAUUCGCCGGGGAGGUUGUUGAGGAAGCUCUGGAUGUGAUGGAGGCAGCCGGGGAAACGGGAGCUCUUCAGCCAAAGUACAUUCGUGAAGCAGUUCGAAGGCUUCGUAGACGUGGGGCUAUCCCCUCAGGACGAGCACAUAAGCAAUUCUUCCGUCUCAACUGACCCCACCAGGCAUACGCAGCAUAACAUCUGCGGUAAUCAAACAUGGGGAGGAGAAGCACACACGAAAACACAAAAAAAGAAACAUCCCGAAAAGGGCAAUGACAGCUUAUCGUCAAAAGUUUUCUUUUCCCGCUUCUUCCCGCCUUUUGAUAAAUUCUAACUUCCCCGCACCAGCUACUCAACGGCCAAUUCCAUGCGACAUCCCUGUAGUCCAGGCAAUUUACGAAAGAAAUAUUGUAAAGAACAUUCAACUGAUAAUUUAUAAAAUUGUAAUUAUUUUUAAUGCAAAUUAAUCAAUCCGAUCAAUGGAUCAAUGUUAAAUAAACAAGGAAGUUUAGUAAAAUUA